ACAUUGUAAAAUCCGAAAGUACGCACAAAGCAAAAGAAGAAGAAAUACAAAAGCUUUCUGUCUCUAUCCAUGCUUUCCUUUGCUCUUACUCAUUCCCCAACUCACUCAUUUCAUUUUGCGACCAACCAUUCCUUUUCCUCUUGUGACGUGUUUCAUCCUUCAUGGGAUUGAACACUCUCACCGAGUGAUGUUCACUCACUACUAAUUUGAUGAUUCUAUACCAUCCAUUUCUCGUCUUUUAUAUGGCUAAUUCAGAUGCAUAAUGCCUCAUGACCAUGACAAAAAACACACUAUAGACACUUUCUUUCAUUUGGCUUGCAUUGCAGCAGAUAAACACUUUACCUGGGAUGAUAUUCUUCUACUAUGAUUUUCAUGAUUGAAUAGAAGAAUUCUUACACCGCAACCUUUUCUGCCCAUGUGCUGAAAUUAGUAGUAUAUGAUAUUCUUGAACUUGUAAUUGAGAGUGGCUUCAUAGAAAUGUUCAAUUGAGUUAGUGUGGAACAUUAUGGAUGAAAGGAAAUUGAAUAUUGAUGCUCCUCUUAUGUCUGUGAGGCGCACUUCUGGUACAUCACCAUCCCUAACUGAAGCAAAGAGUAAGAUAUUAGAGAAGCCACAAGCUGUUCCACACUAUAAGUCAGACACCACUUUGGAUCAGGUAACAGAACCUGUUGCUGUGCCUUUCAAUUGGGAGCAUAUCCCUGGAAAGUCCAAGGGUUAUGGUGGAUCUGAAUCUCAACCUCCUACACAGUCUUCAAUUACCUUAACUCCAACUCUUCCCCCCGGAAAGUCCACAAAUGUUGCCAAAAAACCAUUAGAAAAGGAACCUAAUGUUGCAAAUAACUUUAGGUCCCCAAGCAUAUCAAAUUCUUUAUGUGAGAAAAUAGAUUGCGACAAAGAACACAAAGAUGAGAAAAUAAAAAAGGUGGAAGAGAAUGAUGACUUUGAUGAUGAUGUUUAUUCUGAUGCUCUUGAAACACUGUCCCCUACAGAACCAUUGUCUAUGAACUGUAGUGUGAGUGGUGUGAGUGGCUUAGAUAAUUUGGAUGCAAACAUGGGUGGAACCUCUCCUACCGAUAAACAAGCUCACGACUUCAUGAUGAGCCGGUUUUUACAUGCAGCAAAGGCUAUGACUAUACAGCCAACUCAAUAUGCUUCUAGGAAGCAACCUGUUCUGGCAGAACAACCUAGGGAAUUUAUCAAAUUGAUUCCUGAGCAAAAGAAGUCCUUUGUUAAUAGACAUAUCACUGACAUUGUACCAUAUACUGGUCAAGAUCAAGAGGAGGAAGCAGAAGAGGAAAGUGAUGGUGAAACUAAUGACUAUGCAAAUAAUAUUUCAGCUAAAGGUUGUGGAUUGUUUCCCAGCUUAUGUGUGAGAAAUUCAUUGUGUUUACUAAAUGCAGUGCCUGGGACGAAAAUGGGGAAUCAGUUUCCCUUGUAUUCUGACUAUGAGGUUGGAAAACCUGAUAAAAGUUCUCAUAGAUCAGCUCCAGUUAUAAAGAAGGCAUGGGAUGCUAUUAAUAAGAGCAAAUCAAGCUCUAGAGCUGCAUCACCAGACAAGCAGGAUGUAAGGAAAAAAUGGACUAGUGAAUCAAGCAGGUACACUUACUCAGGUGAAUUGAGACAUAUAGGUAGGCUUUCUCCCUUUCGUCGUUCAAGAGCUUCUGCUGCUGGCAUAUCUCCUUUUCGUAGUAAACCUCAACCUCUCUUUCCUGGAGCAAAGUUGCUUGGUGAUUCUAAACAAGUUGAUAAUAACCAUUCUGGCAAAUUGAAGUUCCCGAGUAGUAGAGGCCAUGCAAGUUUUCAAGAGGUGCUAUCACAAGGAGCCAAAAAAAGCUCAAGUUCUAGGAGCCUUACUACUGAAAAGACCUUGUAUAUAGAUACUGCAAGUACAGUGAAGUUAUCGUGCUCUAGUUCACGUUCUUUAGGUAACACAACACUGGUAGGAAAAGAAAGAAAUUCCAUACUAGAUUCUUCAACUUUGUCUAGCAUGUUACAUCUCAUGGCCAAAGAAGAUGAAGCUGAAAGAUUGACAGCUGAUCCAGAAAUUAAACAAGAAUCCAUGUCCUUGCAACUUGUGCCAAGUUCAUUUGACAAAGAUGAAGAUAUCAACAACAAACAAAUAGUAGUAGUUGAUGAUGAUUCAGGAAAAGUUAGCACUGAAUAUGUUCUGCAUCCUCUUGCCCCACCAUUGCCAAAGUCACCUUCUGAGUCCUGGCUUUGUCGUGCCCUGCCUCUAGUUUCUUCUAAGAAUUCGUUCCCACAUUCGAAUCAAGGUACAUAUUCCCAGGCUAAGAGACAGGGCUUUAGUAGAGCAUCAAGCUAUACUAAGUGGGAAACAAUAGUGAAAGCAUCGAAUUUGAAUCAUGAUCACGUAAGCUGUUCUAAGGAACUUGUCGUGUAUAAAUCUCAGCAUUCGAAAUCUUAAGAGAUGGAAAUCUGGCGUGUAUAUCAUGUUAUGGUCCAAGCUUUUGAUGUCCUUCAUUUUUUCAGGCGUAUGGGAUUUAAUUCUCCUCCUAUUGGUUUUUGGCAUGACAGCAUAGUAUUUUACUGAGAGGAACCAACAUAUUCUUUGGUGAUCAAUAAAAAAAACAAAGCUUCUUUGGACUAGUGGUACUUUCGGUGGAUUCAAAAUUUCAUAUGCACUACUAUUGUGGCCUUUUCACCUUGUGGCUCAGGAAGGAACUUGGUUUUAUCUUCUGCGAGAUAAUCUUAAAGUAUCGAAUUUUAUAUAUAUGAAUCAUGAAUGUAUAUAUAGAUGACAUUAGUAAUUGCUGUUAUUCAUGCUUAAUUACAAAAAUUUCUUAA